AUCAUUUACACAGGCUUGAAAAUUUGCCUCGGAUUCUCUGAGCAGUUCUGCAUUUCAAAAUGCAGGAUUACUUACUUUCUCAGCAUUUUAACACCAAGUUGCUGGACAACUCCACAGCUUGUCCAGCUGUGGACAACUCCACAGCUUGUCCAGAAAAUGCUACUAUUUGUACUGGUACAUCUUGUGUGUUACCAGAAGAUACUUUUAACCAGACUUUGAAUGUAGUUUUAAGUACUGUUCUAACAAUCAUGCUGGCUUUGGUGAUGUUCUCCAUGGGUUGCAAUGUGGAAGUCAAAAAUUUUUUGAACCACAUAAGAAGACCCUGGGGUAUUUUUGUGGGUUUUCUCUGUCAGUUUGGAAUUAUGCCUCUCACAGCCUUCUUGCUGUCAGUGGCCUUUAAUGUGCUUCCUAUUCAAGCCGUUGUGGUGAUGAUCAUGGGAUGCUGUCCAGGAGGCACAGCCUCUAAUGUCAUUGCCUACUGGGUGGAUGGUGACAUGGACCUAAGCAUCAGCAUGACAACGUGCUCCACAAUUCUCGCAAUGGGGAUGAUGCCACUCUGUCUUUUUAUUUAUACUAAGAUGUGGACCGAUUCCGAUGCAAUUGUACUCCCCUAUGACAGCAUUGGAAUUUCACUGGUAGCUCUUGUAGUUCCUGUUUCAGUUGGAGUAUUUGUUAAUCACAAAUGGCCCAGUAAAGCAAAAAUAAUACUUAAGGUUGGUUCCAUAGCAGGAGCAGUUCUCAUUGUCAUCAUUGCUGUGGUUGGGGGAAUACUCUACAAAGGCUCGUGGGUUAUCACACCUAAGCUAUGGAUCAUUGGUACCAUAUUUCCAGCAGCUGGCUAUUGUUUGGGAUUCUUUCUGGCUCGUCUCGCUGGUCUGUCUUGGAGCAGAUGUCGUACGGUGUCUCUGGAAACAGGCAUGCAAAACACUCAGCUCUGUUCAACAAUUGUACAGCUCUCCUUCAACGCUGAACAACUUGAACUGAUGUUUACUUUCCCACUCAUCUACAGCAUUUUCCAGUUGACGUUUGCAGGAAUGAUUUUAGGAGCCUACCGUUUAUACCUAAAACACUGUGUCAAAACUAAUACGGAUGUUGAGAAAACAGAAGAAAAAGAUGACUCUAAAUCAAUUUCGUCACGUACUAAAGAAAAUGGAGGAUUUGUAUCAGACGAGAAAAAAUAGUCAAUUCCCUCUCUGGUUUCAACCAGCUGAAGAGAUGAAAGAUAUAUGGUUUACUUAAAACUUGCUUUCAGAUGCCGUUGCUUUACAUUUUUGCUAAAUAUUUAGCAAAAGAUGGAGUUUUGAUGAUACCAGACAGUGAGACUUCAAAAUGAUUAACUUACAAAAAAUUUCUGCUUUGAUUUUCAACAUGGUUGCUACCACAAUUUUAACAUUU